AUGGAUGAACUCAAAGUCCUGAAAAUCCCUGGAGCAGUUUAUGUCUUGGCUGGAGCCUGUGUCUUGGUGUACUUCAUAUACCAGCGAGCCUAUCCUAGGCCCUUGGCUGGUAUACCAUACAACAAGCAUGCACUCAAGAGAUUCGCUGGCGACCUUCCUGAGAUCCAGGAACGUCAGAAAGACGGUGCCAGUAUCCGGCCAUGGUUUCUGGAGCAGGCCGGAAAACAUCAAUCGGCCAUAAUGCAGAUUUUCCUAGGACCAUUCGCGAGUCCGGCUGUCUUGAUCUCUGACUUUCGCGAAGCUAGCGAUAUACUCAUGCACAGAGAAGCUGACUUCAAGAGAGGCAAGAAAGUCGACGUAUUCAAGGGAGUUCUUCCACAUGCCCACCCAGCUAUGGAAACAUGGGAUCCCAGGUUCAAGAACACCAGAGACUUGGUUAGAGAUGUCAUGACCCCUUCUUUUCUUCACUCGGUACGUGUUGACAGCCUUCCAAGUUUAACUCAUAAUGUCAUUCUAAGACUUUACAAGGUCUCGGCUCCAAAGGUUCGCGAGGUUUCAAUCAAACUCGCAGAGCUGUGGAAACUAAAGUCGCAAUUUGCCACGGGUCGUCCUUUUGACGUGGCUGAGAACAUUGUUGAAUUCUCAUUCGAUGCCAUUCUAAGUGCUGCUACUGGCCUCGGUCCCUCAGGUGGAGACGUAAAUCAACAAGUUCUUCAUCUCGCCGAGGUCUUGAAAGAGAAACCUUUGGAGUCCAGUGUGGAUAUUCAUCGGCCCAUCGAGGUUCCCGCACUUGACAGAUCGACCAAGCUGAAAUCUCUUGUCACGGAUGAGGAGACUCUUUGGAAAGGCUUUUACAUGCCAUGGCCUGGACUGUACCACAUGGUCAACGGUCUUCGCCCACAAGUCAAGGACGCACGGCGUGUUCUUCGAAAUUAUAUCAACUCCCAGAUCACAGAUGCUAUACCCAGACUGCAGACAGAUGGAAAGCCUGAAUGUGCUCUGGACUAUGUCAUCCAACGCGAAAUCAAAGCUGCCUUGAAGGAAGGUCGUGCACCCGUACUAGACGAUCCGCGCAUCAGAGAUCAGAUAUACGGGUACCUCAUCGCAGGGCACGAUACUUCAGCUGGCACACUGUCCUGGAUCAUACGCCGACUGAUGGCGAAUCCAGAGGAGCAGGUCAAGCUUCGUUCCAGUCUUCGCGAGACGUAUCGUGCCGCUUGGGACGAGAAACGCAUCCCAACCGCGCAAGAGCUCACCUCUCACGCCCCCUACCUAGAUGCGUUCCUUGAAGAAGUCCUCCGGUGCUUCCAUGUCACGCCCUUCGGUUCCUGUUGA